AUGGACAGCUUUUGCUGUGCUCUUUGCCAUUUCCUGUUGGGGAAGAGAAUAUUCCCACAAGUAAGGAUGACGCCGUGGACCAGAGACACCGUUGGAGAAAGAAAUUUAUCAGCUGUAAAGUCUCCGGGGGAAAGAUCACGAUAUGAAACAUCCUUGAACCUCACAACCAAACGUUUCCUGGAACUUCUAAGCAAGUCUGCUGACGGUGUGGUAGAUUUAAACUGGGCUGCUCAGGAGCUGAAUGUGCAGAAAAGGAGGAUCUAUGAUAUCACUAAUGUAUUGGAGGGGAUCCACUUAAUAACCAAAAAAUCAAAGAACCACAUUCAAUGGCUGGGGAACCGUUCUGUUGCAGAGUCGAGCAGUAGGUACCAACUGCUUGCAAAAGAUUGCCAGGAACUUGUCGCCAAUGAGCAACGUUUAGAUGAGCUUCUACAUAUGUGCACCACUCAGCUGAAACUGCUCACGGAAGAGGCUGAGAACCAGCAUUUAGGCUAUGUGACCUGUCAAGAUUUGCGUAGCAUUGCCGAUCCAUCAGAACGGAUGUUAAUGGUCAUAAAGGCUCCCCCCGAAACACAGAUGCAAGUCUCUGAUCCCUCUGAGGGUCUGCAGAUUUCUCUGAAAAGCACUCGUGGACCUAUUGAUGUGUUUCUCUGUCCAGAUGAUAGCUCUGGAGUUUGCAGCCCAGUCAAAAGCCCCCACAAAGUUCCUCAUUAUGAUCAGGCUCCUAUUGCCCAAGAUCAUGCAGGAUCACCUAGUCUGAAUGCUGCUCAGACUGUCUGCUCAGGACUACUUUCUUGUGAACAAGGUAAGGUCGGCAAUCACACUAAGGAUUAUACUGCACAGUUUUUGUAUGUAUAACAAAUUAGACAAUAUAUUCACGAUUCAUUAUUAUUUAGGUAAACAAAUUCCAAAUACACAAGAGAAAAUUACUAUCAGGAGUAAUUGAGUAGCGCUAGUCUAGCCAGAUAUAAUGUACAAAAAAUAUAUGUAUAUAAAAUAUACAAUAAUAAAAAAAAAAAAAAAAUCAACCUCAGAGUAUAAGAAAUCAAAAAUAUAUAAAUAUUGUGGACAAUAAUAAGUAUUGUUCUUAAUGCUGUUCUUGGUUCUGCUGCUCAAAAUACUGUAGUAUAAUUGCAUGGAAGUAUCACAUAAAAUAAAAAUACAUGUAAUAAAAAAUACAGAUACUUAUAUUGUUCAUAUGAAGUUCAUGAUGAAUAAAUAUUUUCUGAAACGCUGGAAACUCCCAAUACGUUAAAUCCUGCUGCUUCUCUUAAAGGGACACUGAACCCAAAUUUUUUCCUUCAUGAUCCAGAUAGAGCAUGCUAUUUUAAGCAACUUUCUAAUUUACUUCUAUUAUUUUUUCUUCGUUCUCUUGCUAUCUUUAUUUGAAAAAGACAUCUCGGCUAAGGAGCCAGCAAUUUUUUGGUUCAGAACCAUGGACAGCACUUUUUUAUGGGUGCUGUCCAAUCAGCAAGGACAAUCCAGGUUGUUAACCAAAAUUGGGCCGGCAUCUAAACUUGCAUUCUUGCUUUUCAAACAAUCAUACCAAGAGAAUGAAGAAAAUUUGAUAAUAGGAGUAAAUUAGAAAGUUGCUUAAAAUUGCAUGCUCUAUCUGAAUCACAAAAGAAAAAUUUUGGGUUCAGUGUCCCUUUAAAUGGGUAUAUCCAGAAACCCAAACACAGUAUAGCCUAAAAAAGGAGAGAAGCGCAGGACACGAUUCAAGUGUAGAGCCAAACUUUAAUGAAAAUUACACAGGCAACAAUUGUACUCGCAAGAUAGCGAACAAUAAUAAGCACAUCAAAUAUAGUGUAUCCUCCUUAGUUCCGUUAGUUCAUAGUGGGCCAAACUUUUGAAAGCUUGUGAAAUCUGUUGCAGUGUGGGGCGUCUUUUUUUCCUGGUGUGUAAAAGCCACUAUUGCCGCCAACAUUACAAGCCUCAGGAUCCGAUUACUACGUCAGGAUGACACACACCCCCACCCACCCUCGGCUCUAAACCAAUAGGAAAUCCUCAAACAAGGUGCACUCAAAUACAGCUGUGGUCUGAGACAUAAAGCAAUUUCUACCUCCCUUUCUUUCCUAAAAAAUAAUCUGGCAGCGGAAAAAUCCGAAUGCCUCAGAUCGCAGAUAUAUUCAGCAUUCUUUUACCUACCGAAUGCCGAAUAUAUGCACACGUCUAGAAUAA